AGGCAGAGUCAGGACAUCGACCGCGACCCCCGACCCCGCCGGCCGCCCGCCGCCGGGAUCCUCCGCGCCGGCUGCCCCCCCACCACCGCUGCCACCGCUGGCCAGAGGCCGCUGCAAGUCCACCCCACCCCUGCGUGGACGUGCGCUCCGCGGCUCCGCCGGCAGGUCCGCCCGGCGUCCGGCUCCGGGCGCGCCGAAGCCGCGAAGCCGCUUGCCGGGCCAGCCGGAGGCCGUCCAAGCGCCCAGUCCCUGUGCGCCGCCUGGUACCUGCCCCCUGGUGGUCUGUUGACUUGACUAACAUAUGCUGGGUGGGGUGGCCGCUCCUGGCCCGUGCUGAGGCUGACUGCUGUGAGCCUGUGACUGGGAGGCCGGUAGCCGGGUGCCAUCUGCUGUCUGCCGAUUCGAGUAGAGGACUAACUGGCAACCAUUAAUUCAAAUUGUCUCUCUUAAAUUUCAGUGUCACUUAGGGACUCCUUUCCCUGAGAAGAGGCGGAGGCUGGGAUAUACAAUGACUGUUGGAUCACGUGUGGUGGUGAUAGACAAUGGGGGUGGUCUUCUCAAGGCUGGAUUUGGUGGAGACAAUGAUCCAAUUGCUGUUGUCCCCAACUGUAUGGCCAAACCCCCUGGUGGCAAUGCCAAUUCCAAAAAAUGGCUGGUUGCUGAUCAGCUGCAGGCAGAAGAUGUCGACGUGACUGGCAUGACACUGAAGCGUCCUAUUGAUCGUGGCUAUCUCAUCAAUACCGAGGUGCAGAAGGAGGUGUGGGAACGGGUUUUACGCAAUCUUCUCCAGGUUGAUCCUACCAACUCAUCCCUAUUACUGGUGGAGCCAUUGUUUAACCCUCCAGCGCUACAACAUGCAACUGAUGAGCUGGUGUUCGAGGAGUUUGGCUUCAACUCUCUUUGUGUUGCAGAUAGUCCUUCCCUUGUCCACCUUUAUGAGGCUAGCCGUCAACCAAUGCUCUUCCGUGCUCAGUGCAGCCUUGUUGUUGACUGUGGCUUCUCUUUCACUCAUGCAUCCCCUGUGCUUCAGAACUUUACUCUGAAUUAUGGCGUUCGACGUAUGGACCUUGGUGGCAAGGCCCUUACAAAUUAUCUCAAGGAGCUUGUCUCAUAUCGUUCCCUUAAUGUCAUGGAUGAAACUCUCCUCAUUGAUGAUGCAAAGGAAAAGCUAUGCUUUGUGUCGCUUGAUGUCCCUGGUGAUCUUCACCUUGCCAGGUUAUCAUUUAAGGACAACCCUUUUAGGUGUUCUUACAUUCUCCCCGAUGGUAUAACAUACAAGAAAGGGUUUGUCAAGGACAUGAAUGAAGCACAUAGAUAUCGCUCUCUGCCUCUUGAUGAAGAAGCAAAGAGAAAAGAACAUAGCAUGGAUAUAAAUAAGUCCGAGGACCGGAAAAAGCCAGAAUUAAGUCAAAAUGAAUUUGUAUUGACAAAUGAAAGGUUCCUUGUCCCAGAGAUGCUUUUUCAUCCAAUCGAUCUUGGCAUAAAUCAAGCUGGACUUGCUGAGUGUAUAGUUCGUGCUGUACAAGCUUGCCAUCCAUAUCUUCAACCUGUGCUUUUCGAGAGCAUCAUCUUGACAGGUGGAAGCACACUGUUCCCCAGAUUCGCUGAUAGACUGGAGAGGGAACUUCGGCCUCUUGUCCCUGACAACUACAAGGUUAAAAUAACUCAUCAAGAAGACCCAAUUCUUGGUGUCUGGAGAGGCGGAUCUAUUCUGGCAUCAACUCCUGAUUUCGAAUCAAUGUGCACUACAAAGUCUGAGUACGAGGAGAUGGGAUCAGCAAGGUGCCGACGAAGGUUUUUCCACUGAAGAGUAGAGCUUGACAAUUUAGUUGCAUGUGAAAUUAGAAGUUCGGUUUACAGUAGUAACUCCUCUGCGCCUGGGAUUUCUUUUCUUUUUAGUAAAAAAUGCUUUCUUGUAGUUCACUUUUUCAGUAGAUAGCUCAUGUACCCGCUGAUCUGAUCUGACAACUGUAGCAAGUCAUGAGAUUGAAAUGGCAAACUGCCAAGCUGGUUCAUCCUUGCUAUGAUCCUUACGGCCUUAGCGCAUAAGUUUUUUUCCCCCAUUUCUAUUGGAAAGAUGCAAUGUAACGUACACUGUCGUGAAUCGCUUCAAGUUUUUUUUUUU